CAUUCACCCCCGACGCCAUCGCCAUCGCCAUCGCCUUGCAGUUCGUGGAACACUUCGAUCGCCUACUCGUACGCCGCACAAUCUGCAGCUUCAUCCCUUGAUCACCCCCGCCUCUAGACGACAACGCUGCUCCGACGACCAUGAUGGGUUGGUGGUCCUCAUCCGCCAACACGGCUCUAGACGAGCAGAUCGAAAAGGCCACCAGCAGCAGCCUCGAGGACAUUGCCCUGAAUCUCGAGAUCUCCGAUGUCAUCAGAUCCAAGACUGUUCAGCCUAAGGAGGCUAUGCGCUCUUUGAAGAAGCGCAUUGGCAACCGCAACCCGAAUACACAGCUGAGCGCACUCAACGCACGCACCCACUUCCUUGCCGAAAUCGCCUCCAGAGAGUUUAUGGACAACCUGGUGUCACUUCUCCAAGCUGUGGGGGCGGUGGCUGUAAACGCCGAGGUCAAAGCCAAAAUCCUUGAGCUUGUGCAAUCGUGGGCAGCUGCUACAGAAGGACGGCAUGACCUGGGAUACAUCGGUGAAGUCUACAAAACUCUGCAACGCGAAGGUCACCAAUUCCCUCCCAAGACCAGUGUCUCCAGCAGCAUGAUUGAUAGCAGCGCCCCCCCCGAAUGGAUAGACUCCGACGUCUGUAUGCGAUGCCGAACUGCCUUCACCUUCACAAACCGGAAACACCACUGCCGAAACUGUGGAAACUGCUUCGACCAGCAAUGCUCGAGCAAGUCCAUACCACUUCCACACCUCGGCAUCCUCCAAGCAGUCCGUGUUGACGAUGGCUGCUUUGCGAAGCUUUCUGAUAAGAGCGGCCGCGGGAGUCAGGCAGGUGCGUCGCAAGACAGGACGCCGACUUAUCCGCACAAGACACGGAGUACCUCCGCCAUGCAGCCACGGAGCGCUCGAGCCGACGAGGGUUUCGACGAGGAUCUUAAGAAGGCGUUGGCUAUGAGUCUGGAAGAGGUCAAGGGCCACUCCAAGGGAUACGUUGAGCCGAAAGUCAACGCCCCGGCAGGCGCAAACGCCGGUGGCAAAUCCGCCGCCGCCAGACAGGCUGAGGAUGACGAUGAUGACCUCAAAGCUGCCAUAGCUGCAUCGCUGGCUGAUAUGGAGGAACAAAAGCAGCGACAUGCGGCCGCGUUUAAGGAACAAACGUUUACAGCGCCGUCUGCUGCGACAUCCACUUUUGCACUUCCGAAGAACGAUUACGAGUUGACUCCGGUGGAAGCCGAAAACAUCAACCUGUUCGCAACGCUUGUCGACAGGCUUCAGACGCAACCGCCUGGCACGAUUUUGAGAGAGCCGCAGAUCCAGGAGCUGUAUGACAGCAUCGGUGCCUUAAGGCCGAAGCUUGCGCGGACAUAUGGAGAGACUAUGAGCAAACACGGUCAGUUCACCUCUGAUCAAAGUCGUAAGACUUCCAAACUAAUCAGGCAUGCAGAUACACUGUUGGACCUCCACGCCAAGCUAUCCACCGUGGUGCGAUACUACGACAGGAUGCUGGAGGAGCGCCUUUCCAAGGCAUAUCACCAGCACACCAUUGGAGGCUACAACAUGCCGCCACCCCGCCAAACCUCUUACCCAUCUAUCCAGGGCGGCGUUCCGGGCGCGGCCGAGAACUUCUACACUGGCGAGCCGCGACAGGACUACGGACAAGCGCCGCAGAUGUACCCACCACACCCCCAGCAAACCCCACAGCCACAGUAUGCGUCUUACAACCAUACGAGCGCUGCUUCGGGUCCUCCUACAGGACAGUAUCCCCAUCAGGGAGUCCAGCGAACCGAUAGUUGGAGGAGCGGGACAGGGCCUCCUGAAGGUCAGUACCCUCCAUCAGGAUACCCAGCCGAAGCUCCACCUACGCAAACGAAUAUACACCAAGGUCACGGCCAACCCGCCGAGACACCUUCCGCCGACCCCAAUGCCGCGGCAGCAUCAUACUACUAUAAUCCUCAACAACCCAGCGCCCCAUCAUCAGCGCCGCCCAGCGUUGACCCUAAUGCGUCUCCCUAUCCUAACCUCCAACAGCAACAACACUACCAUCAACCUCCUGGACCGCAACAGACGCCUGCCCCGGGCAGCGCGCCUGCAGGCCAGCCUAAUCAGCAUCAAGCUCCACCUUCGCAGCAGAACUACUGGCAGCCUUCAGUACCGCAGCAAUCCUCGCAGCAGCAACAACCAUGGAACAAUCAGCAGCAGCAGCAGCGAUAUCCUGGAUACCCGCAGGAGGCGGCGCCACCGGCCUCACAGGCUGCCCCAAAACAGCCAGCUGUGGAAGAAAGCCUGAUUGAGCUGUGA